GUGCCUAUGUGCUAUGGAAACAAGCGCGGAUACUCUGAAAAAUAUUUUAACGGAGGGAUGAACACACUCCUUUAUCGAGUCGAUAGCCGGUAGUCAAUUUGCCUGAACGAAAACAGAAAAUAAAACUAGCAGGGUCACGUUGUACCCGUCCGACAAUGAUUCAGCGAGUUAUUAUGCGUUUCUGCUUGCUAUUCAACUAACGGCAGCUAGCUUGCUAGCUAGCGCGUGCUACGACUGUCUAGCCGAGAACCCGGGUAACCUGACUAGAACAUGCUGUAUUGCCAAAUUAUUCUCUGAGCAACAAAUAGAGAUUAUCGACAAUGAAGGUCGACAGAAGCAAGUUAAAGAAAACUCCUACGGAAGCUCCUGCUGACUGCAGGAUUCUAAUAGAGAAGCUCAAGGCCUGCAAUGAUGAGCAACUAUUGGUUGAACUGCAGCACAUCAAGACCUGGAAUAUUGGCAAGUGUGAGCUGUACCACUGGGUGGAUCUACUGGAUCGCUUUGAUGGCAUUCUGUGUGAUGCAGGCCAAACGGUGGAGAAUAUGUCAUGGCUGCUGGUGUGUGACCGUCCUGACAACGGACAGCUCAAAGCCCUGCUUUUGGCAGUGCUCAACUUCACAGCCCUGCUCAUUGAGUAUAGCUUCUCUAGGCACCUCUACAGCUCCAUAGAGCACUUAACCACCUUGUUAGCGUCAUGUGACAUGCAGGUGGUCCUGUCUGUGCUGAACCUGCUCUAUGUGUUCAGUAAGCGCUCAAACUACAUCACAAGACUAGGAUCCGACAAAAGGACGCCUCUACUGGCCCGUCUGCAACACCUGGCUGAGAGCUGGGGAGGAAAGGAGAAUGGCUUUGGCCUGGCUGAGUGCUGCAGGGAUCUGCUUAUGACGAAAUACCCGCCCAGUGCCACCACACUGCACUUUGAGUUUUAUGCUGAACCGGGCCCUGAGGUCAAAGUAGAGAAAAAGACAAGUAGUAAUACACUACACUAUAUACACAUCGAGCAGCUUGACAAGAUUUCAGAGAGCCCAUCUGAGAUUAUGGAGUCGCUGACGGUGAUGUACAACAUCCCAAAAGACAAGCAGACGCUGCUGUUCACACACAUUCGUCUGGCCCAUGGUUUCUCUAAUCACAAGAAGAGAUUGCAGGCUGUGCAGGCCCGUCUACAUGCCAUCUCUAUACUGGUGUAUUCAAACGCACUCCAAGAGUCAGCCAACAGUAUUCUAUAUAAUGGCUUGAUAGAGGAGCUGGUGGAUGUAUUACAGAUUACAGACAAACAGCUUGUGGAUAUCAAGGCAGCAUCUUUGCGCACUUUAACUUCGAUUGUCCAUCUGGAGAGAACACCCAAGCUUUCCAACAUCAUCGACUGCACUGGCACUGCCUCCUACCAUGGCUUCCUGCCAGUGUUGGUGCGCAACUGUAUUCAAGCAAUGAUCGGUGAGAACAAUCCUCUGAUGGAACCCUACCCGCACCAGUUUGCCACUGCACUCUUCUCAUUCCUCUACCACUUGGCUAGCUAUGAUGCUGGAGGGGAAGCCCUUGUGUCCUGUGGCAUGAUGGAAGCUCUCCUGAAGGUUAUCAAGUUUCUUGGUGAUGAACAGGACCAGAUCACCUUUGUGACACGAGCAGUGCGGGUCGUGGACCUCAUUACCAAUCUUGACAUGGCUGCCUUUCAGUCCCACAGCGGCCUUACCAUUUUCAUCUCUAGGCUAGAGCAUGAGGUAGACCUGUCGAGGAAAGAGUGCCCUUUCGUCAUCAAGCCAAAGAUGCAGAGGCCCAGUGCAACUGUGGAGUCGGAGGACAUGGAAACAGACACGGAGAUGUCAGAAGUUGCAAUGGAUAGCAGCCCUGGACCAUCCACAUCUUCUGGUUCCAGAUCAGAAACGGACCAGAAAGCACAGGGCAGUGCUGCCAACGCACCUCGUCCAGGUGUGCAGUGUAUCCCCCAGAGGGCAGCCCUGUUAAAGUCAAUGCUAAAUUUCUUGAAGAAAGCCAUCCAGGACCCUGCCUUUUCUGAUGGUAUUCGCCACGUAAUGGAUGGGUCCUUGCCUACCUCACUCAAGCACAUCAUCAGUAAUGCAGAGUAUUAUGGCCCUUCACUGUUCCUCUUAGCGACGGAGGUUGUGACGGUGUUUGUGUUCCAGGAGCCUUCCCUGCUCUCCUCCCUGCAGGAUAAUGGUCUCACUGAUGUCAUGCUGCAUGCCCUUCUCAUCAAAGACAUCUCUUUUUUCCAGGUUCCUGCUACCCGUGAGGUGUUGGGUUCUCUUCCCAAUGUGUUCAGUGCCCUGUGCCUGAAUGCAAGAGGCCUGGGCUCCUUUGUUCAGUGCCAGCCAUUUGAGCGCCUCUUCAAAGUGCUUUUGUCCCCUGACUACCUGCCUGCCAUGCGACGGCGACGUAGCUCGGACCCAUUGGGUGACACUGCAUCCAACUUGGGCAGUGCUGUGGAUGAGCUCAUGAGGCACCAACCAACUUUGAAGACUGAUGCUACUACUGCCAUUAUAAAGUUACUGGAGGAGAUCUGCAACCUAGGUCGAGCCCCUGAGUACAUCUGCCAGAAACCGUCUAUCCAGAAAGCCGAUGGCACUGUGGCGGUGCCCCCAGCGCGCUCCAGCCAUGCUGCUGAAGAAGCCUCAAGUGAGGAUGAAGAAGAAGAGGAGGCCCUCCACACUUUCAGCCAGCAGCAGGGGGAACCAGAGAGCACCAGACAGUCAGUGCCACUUGAACUGGUGGUUGGCACUGAAGAGCGGAUACCUAUUCCUCUGAUGGACUAUAUCCUGAAUGUGAUGAAGUUUGUGGAAUCCAUUCUAAGCAACAACACCACAGACGACCACUGUCAGGAGUUUGUCAACCAGAAGGGUCUGCUACCUCUGGUUUCUAUUCUGGGCCUUCCCAACUUGCCCAUAGACUUCCCUACGUCUGCUGCCUGCCAGGCUGUGGCUGGGGUCUGCAAGUCUAUACUGACUCUCUCUCAUGAGCCUAAGGUACUCCAGGAAGGCCUUUGCCAACUGGACAGUAUCCUGUCGUCUCUGGAGCCACUCCAUCGACCAAUCGAGGUGCCGGGUGGUUCUGUGCUUCUCAGAGAACUGGCUAACGCGGGCCAUGUCACCGAUGCAACGUUGUCCGCCCGUGCGACACCACUGCUCCAUGCUCUUACUGCAGCACAUGCCUACAUCCUCAUGUUUGUGCAUACUUGCAGAGUAGGACAGAGUGAGAUCAGAGCUAUCUCAGUCAACCAGUGGGGAUCCCAGCUGGGCUUGAGUGUUCUCAACAAGCUCAGUCAGCUCUACUGCUCUCUGGUGUGGGAGAGCACCGUGCUGCUGUCCCUUUGCACGCCUAACAGUCUGCCUCCAGGAUGUGAGUUCGGCCAGGCUGACAUGCAGAAACUGGUGCCCAAAGACGAGAAGCCAUCGAGCAGCACUGCAACAACUGCAGCUGCUGGUUCCAGGAGAACCGCAGAUUCUGAGGCGGUGACGGUGGAUUCAUCAGCCGGUGGGCUGUUGGAAGGCAUGGGUCUAGAUGGGGACACCUUGGCUCCCAUGGAGACGGACGAACCCACUGCAACGGACCCUAAGGCCAAGUCCAAACUUACCCCAGCUAUGGCCACCCGCAUUAAACAGAUUAAACCACUCCUCUCUGCUUCAUCUCGAUUAGGCCGGGCUCUGGCUGAGCUCUUUGGCCUGCUGGUGAAGCUGUGUGUGGGGUCUCCAGUGCGCCAACGUCGCUCCCACCAUGCCACGAGCACAGGAACCACCCCCACGCCUGCUGCCCGGGCCACUGCCUCUGCCCUGACCAAGCUCCUCACCAAGGGUCUGAGUUGGCAGCCACCACCCUACACACCCACUCCUCGUUUUAGGCUGACCUUCUUCAUCUGCUCAGUGGGCUUCACAUCCCCCAUGCUGUUUGAUGAGAGGAAGUACCCCUACCACCUCAUGCUGCAGAAGUUCUUCUGCUCUGGAGGUCAUGAUGCCUUAUUUGAGACAUUUAACUGGGCUCUAUCGAUGGGUGGGAAGGUGCCUGUCACUGAGGGUCUGGAACAUACUGAUCUACCCGAUGGGACAGGGGAGUUUCUGGAUGCCUGGUUAAUGCUUGUGGAAAAGAUGGUGAACCCGAGCACUGUGCUGGACUCACCCCAUUCCCUGCCAGCUAAAAUGCCUGGAGUCACACCCACCAUGCCCCAGUUCAGCGCCCUUCGGUUCCUCAUAGUCACACAAAAGGCUGCAUUCACCUGCAUCCGCAGUCUGUGGAACAGGAAGCCACUGAAGGUGUAUGGAGGCAGGAUGGCUGAAUCCAUGCUGGCCAUCCUCUGCCACAUCCUGAGAGGGGAGCCUGUUAUUCAGGAGCGUCUGUCCAAGGAGACGGUGCGCCCGGAGGAGGAGGCGGCGGCUGCUGCUGCGGCUGUGGCUGCUGUGCCCUCCACUGUUUCCCUGGCACCAAGCGGGGGGGCCCCUGGAGCAUCUACAACAGCUGGAGAGGCACCGGCCGUGGCUGCAACAGUACCUGCGGUGCCGGCAGGAGGAUCAGCUGAUGAUUCAACCAAUUCUACCCCCCGCCGUGAUCCCCAGGUUAACCAGGCCCAGCUCACACAGCUGAUGGAUAUGGGUUUCUCCCGUGAGCAUGCCAUGGAGGCCCUACUGAACACAAGCACCAUGGAGCAGGCCACAGAGUACCUACUCACUCACCCUCCUCCACUUCUUGGUGGAGCAGUAAGGGACAUGACUAUGUCAGAAGAGGACCAGAUGAUGAGGGCCAUUGCCAUGUCACUUGGACAAGAGGUCAGCAUGGAGCAGCGAUCCGACUCUCCUGAGGAGGCAGCACGUCGGCGCGAGGAAGACGACAGGAGAGCCAGGGAGCGGACAGAGGAGGAGGAGGCCCGCUGCCUGGAGCGCUUCAUGGAGGCUGAGCCCCUGGACCCCAAGGAGCUGCACACCUUCACCGACUCCAUGCUGCCUGGCUGCUUCCAUCUGCUGGACGAGCUGCCUGACACCGUGUACCGGCUCUGUGACCUGCUGAUGACGGCCAUCAAGAGGAGCGGCCCCGAGUACAGAGAGCUCAUCCUCGGACAGGUCGUCCACCAGGUGUGGGAGGCAGCAGAUGUGCUCAUCAAGGCGGCUGAGCCCCUGACUACCAGUGACACAAAGACGGUCUCUGAGUGGACCAGACAGAUGGCCACACUGCCACAAGCCUCCAAGCUUGCAACAAGAAUUCUGCUUCUGACGUUGCUUUUUGAGGAGCUGAAGCUGUUGGGUGCCAGAGUGAUCGAGAACAGUGGGAUUCUUAACUUGCUGAUAAAGCUGCUUGAGGUCGUACAGCCCUGUCUUCAGGCUGCUAAAGAACAGAAAGACAUCCAGACACCAAAAUGGAUCACACCAGUGCUGUUGAUCAUUGACUUCUAUGAGAAGAUGGCAGUCUCUUCAAAACGCAGGGAACAAAUGAACAAGUAUCUGCAACCCAACGGGAAUAACUGGCGUUGGUUUGAUGACCGCUCCGGCCGGUGGUGCAGUUACAGUGCGUCGAACAACAGUACCAUUGACUCUGCAUGGAGAGCUGGGGAGAGCAGCGUCCGCUUCACAGCUGGCCGCCGGAGAUACACUGUGCAGUUCAACACCAUGGUGCAGGUAAACGAAGAGACUGGUAACAGGAGGCCGGUGAUGUUGACGGUCCAGAGAGUGCCUCGUCUGCCCAAGCCCGCCAAGGCUGGUAGCAUUACUGACUCAGAGAGAGAAGAAGGAGAAAAGAGCAAAGUGGAGGAAACCCAGACUGACCUGGACUCCGGAGUAGCAGUGGAGAUGAGCGUUCCUAAGGAUGAGUCCAGCCAGCUGAAGGAGACCCCAACCGGCCCCUCACCUUCCCUGGAGACUGAGAACUCUCAGAGCGCUGAUAUUGUCGUACAAGGCCUGACCGAGGACAUGACCACUGUUCUUAUUCGUGCCUGCGUCAGUAUGAUUAGCGUUCCUGUGGACCCAGACACCCUACACGCCACACUGCGUCUGUGUUUGCGUCUUACACGCAAUCACCAGUACGCUAUGAUGUUUGCUGAGCUGAAGAGCACCCGGAUGAUUCUGGGGCUGACGCAGAGCUCCGGCUUCAAUGGCUUCACCCCGCUCGUUACCCUGCUGUUCAGGCACAUCAUAGAAGAUCCCGCAACUCUGAGGCACACCAUGGAGAAGGUUGUGAGGUCCGCCGUGACCAGCGGAGCAGGAAGUACCACCUCAGGAGUUGUGUCCGGAAGCCUUGGUUCCAGAGAAAUCAAUUAUAUCCUUCGCGUCCUGGGCCCCGCUGCCUGCCGCAACCCAGAAUGCUUCGCUGAAACUGCCAGCAACUGUGUGCGCAUCGCUCUGCCUGCACCACGGGGAGCCGGCACAGCUUCUGAUGACGAGUUUGAGAACCUUCGAAUUAAGGGACCUAAUGCUGUGCAGCUGGUGAAGACCACUCCUCUAAAACUGUCCCCCCUACCCACUAUUCCUGAGACUAUCAAGGAGGUCAUCUAUGACAUGCUCAAUGCUCUGGCUGCCUACCAUGCUCCUGAAGAACCCGAGCGUCCAGAGGAACGUGCAGCUGCAGCAGCAGCCGCAGCAGCAGCAGCAGCGGUGCCUGGUGGAGCAGACCUGUGCCAGAUACUGCAGGAUGUUGGAGAUGACGUCUACCAGCAGUACAGGCUCACCCGGCAGGGCAGCGACUUUGACUCUCAGUCUGCAUUCCAUAUCAAUGCUCAGGUGUUUUCUGCUGAUGGAGCCGUGGCUGAGUCUUCCCAGUCUGGCACACCACAAGGAGAAGCUUCCACCCCAGAAGAGAUGCGGGAGGAGAAGAAAGAACAGGAGGGCGAGAAGAGUACCAGCUCAGAGGAGGGUAAAGCAGCUAAGGUAAAGGCUAGCAAGCCCCUAAUGCCAACCUCCACCAUCCUGAGACUGCUGGCUGAGCUGGUGCGCUCCUACGUGGGCAUCGCCACUCUCAUCGCCUCCUACUGCUACACCGCUGGACAGUCUGAACUUAUUAAAGAGGACUGCAGUGUUCUAGCUUUUGUGCUCGACCACCUACUGCCCCAUACCCAGAAUUCAGAAGACAAAGACACCCCCGCCCUGGCUCGUCUCUUCCUGGCCAGCCUGGCAGCUGCUGGCACGGGCACUGAUGCCCAGGUUGCGCUUGUCAAUGAGGUGAAGGCUGCCCUCAGUCGUGCACUAGCAAUGGCAGAGGGUACCGAAAAACAUGCCAGGCUUCAGGCAGUAAUGUGCAUCAUCAGCACCAUCAUGGAGUCAUGUCCCUCCACGUCCAGCUUCUAUAGCACAGCAGCGGCCAAAACACAACACAAUGGCAUGAAUAAUAUCAUAAGGCUGUUUCUGAAGAAAGGACUGGUCAACGACUUGGCCCGUGUGCCUCACAGCUUGGAUUUGUCCAGUCCCAACAUGGCCAACACGGUGAAUGCCGCCCUGAAGCCUCUGGAGACUCUGUCCCGCAUUGUGAACCAGCCCAGCAGUCUGUUCGGGGGCAAAGGAGGCUCCAGCAAGAACAAGACUGAGCAUGAUACUGUGGGCGCUGCCAGAGACAGCAACAGCAACACUCAGGACCAAGGAGAGUCCGGUGAGGCAGAGCCAGUGGAGGGCAACCACAGGGUGCCGGGAACAGACAACGACCUGAUGGAUGGAGAGGCAGAGGGAGACACAGUGGUCAUUGCCGGUCAGCCAGAGGUCCUGAGCACGCAGGCUAUGCAGGUUGAAAAUGAGUUGGUGGAUCUGAUUGAUGAGCUGCUGGAGAGAGAUGCAGGCGCUGUCAGCAGCGCAAUUAUUGUGGGACGCAGCGGUGAAGAUGAAUCACAAGAGGAUGUGUUGAUGGAUGAAGCUCCGUCCAAUAUUAGCCAGACAUCCACUCUUCAGACCAACCGUGAAGACUCCAUGAACAUCCUGGAACCAGAGGAUGAGGAGCAUACCCAGGAGGAAGAUUCUAGUGGCAGCAAUGAUGAUGAAGACAGCCAGGAUGAAGAGGAGGAGGAGGAAGAGGAAGAGGAGGAAGAUCAGGAUGAUGAAGAGGGAGAUGAGGAUGAUGAUGAUGAAGGUUCAGAGAUGGAGUUGGAUGAGGACUUCCCAGACAUCAAUGCCGCACCUCACAUCCGCUUCGAAAGGUUUGACAGGGAUGAUGACCUCAUCAUAGAGUUUGACAACAUGUUCUCCAACAACGCUGACAUCCCUCCCUCCCCAGGCAACAUCCCCAGCUCCCACCCGCUGAUGGUGCGCCAUGCGGACCACGGCUCCCUCACCCUGGGCGUGGCAGGCACCAGCAGCCGCCUGGCACAGGGCAUGGGUCGCAGCCAGCGGACACUGCGACAGCUCACUGCCAACAGUGGACACACCAUCCAUGUCCAUUACCCUGGCAACCGCCAGCCAAACCCUCCUUUAAUCCUGCAAAGAUUGCUGGGCCCUAGUGCUGCUGCAGACAUCUUACAGCUGUCCAGCUCACUGCCUCUCCAAUCUCGUGGACGGGCCCGCCUUUUGGUGGGAAAUGAGGAUGUGCACAUCAUCGCACGCUCUGAUGACGAGUUGUUGGAUGACUUUUUCCAUGAGCAGAGCAGUACCGGGGGACAAGCAGGCACCCUCUCUAGUAUUCCCACUGCCUUAACAAGAUGGACAGAUGAGUGUAAAGUGCUCGAUGCUGAGAGUAUGCACGACUGUGUAGCAGUGGUGAAGGUGCCUAUCCUGCAGCAUCUGGAGAGUCUGCGAGAUGAGGAACUGGAGGAGCGUAGGGAGAAAAGGAGGAGGCAGCUGGCUGAGGAGGAAGAGUCUAAGCAGAAUGAGAGGAGGGCCUCUGGAGCAGAGCAGGCCAGGGAACAGAGCCUGCAGGGUUCUGGAUUGGGGACAGUUAACGGUGCCGAGAACACUGCAGAGGGUGAGCAGGCUCAGGGUGGCACAGUGUCAUGUCUGGACCCACCCAGGGUCUCAGAGGGCUUCCUCACUGCUCCCCCAUCUGGAGAGGUCACUCCCACCACACCUGCUCCUCAUGAACAGGCGCUGGUCUCCCUGGAGACUGCCAUCAGUCAGCAGGUCCACCAGCCAAUCGCUGACCUCCUACUGGCUGAGUCGCAUGCCAGCUCACUGGCUGCUCUAGCAGGGGCGGGCCUUCCUGCCUUGUCAUCAGCUGACCGGCCAAGCAGUGAAGCGGAGGCAUCUCAGAUGGAAAUGUCCCCGGCAGCCACAAUCGGUGAGAGAGUCAGUGGAGGAGGAGCGUUGGAUGAAGGCAGGGAAGCCUCCCUAAGUCCAGACAUCGUGGAGACCUCCGAGCCUGCAGUAGUGGGUGUUUCACAACUGGAAGGGUCCCCCAUGGAUACCAGCAGCCCUGCCUCUACCACUCAGGAAGAAGUGGCUCCCAACCCUGCCCAGACCGCCCAGCUGUCUCAGGAGCUGUCCGGCAGCAGGGAGAGUGGGCUGACUGACCGGCACACAGACGCAGACACUGGCUCCACCUCUGUCUCAUCACCUGGGGAAACGAUGCCCAGAAGUGACAGCGCUGACAGCCAGUCUCAGGCCAUCCAGGAAGAGCCCCUCCCAUCCACCAGCAAUGAGGACGAGGACCCACUUGCAGGCAUUAGUCUGCCUGAGGGUGUGGAUCCUUCCUUCCUGGCAGCUCUUCCUGAGGACAUACGCCGAGAGGUGCUGCAAAAUCAGCUUGGCAUCAGACCACCCGCUCGCCCUCCAGCUGCCACCACUCUGCCUUCCACUGCUCCACCUGUACUGGGAGGCCCAGGGGUCACAGAGGUCAGCCCUGAGUUCCUGGCGGCCUUGCCACCUGCCAUCCAGGAGGAGGUUCUUGCCCAGCAACGAGCAGAGCAGCAGCGCAGGGAGCUGGCCCAACAGCCUACACAGGGAGACACCCCUCUGGAUCCUGUCACCUUCAUCCAGACUCUGCCCUCAGAGCUCCGGCGAAGUGUCCUGGAGGACAUGGAGGACAGCGUGUUGGCCGUCAUGCCUCCGGACAUCGCUGCUGAAGCAGCCGCUCUGCGUCGUGAACAAGAGGCACGCCAGAGGCAACUGAUGCAUGAGAGGCUGUUUGGCCAUAGCUCAUCUUCAGCCCUAUCUGCCAUCCUGCGCUCACCAGCCUUCACCAGCCGGCUAGGAAGCAAUCGUGGCGUCCAGUACACCCGACUUGCUGUACAGAGAGGAGGCACAUUUCAGAUGGGGGGAGGAACAAACCACAGACCAUCCAGCUCCAGUGUGGACUCCUUGUUGCGUCUGCGUGGUCGGUUGCUGCUGGACCACGAGGCCCUGUCCUGCCUGCUGGUUUUGCUGUUUGUGGAUGAACCGAAGCUCAACACAAGCCGCCUGCACCGUGUGCUCAGGAACCUCUGCUACCACUCUCAGACCCGGGGUUGGGUCAUUCGCAGCCUGUUAUCCAUCCUCCAACGCAGCAGCGAGAGUGAGGUGUGUGUCGAGACCACACGUCUAGAAGACUCGCGUGGCAAGAGGGGUGCUCAGGUAGGCUGCGCAGGAAAAGGCUCUGCUACCUCCUCCCUAUCCUCUUCAUCCUCCUCUUCUUCUUCAUCCUCAUCUUCCUCCUUGGAGCUACUGAACAGGGUGGAGUCUCGCAGCUCCAGCCAGCUUUCCUGGCUUUCAGUUUCUAUGGACGCAGCCUUGGGCUGCAGGACAAACAUUUUCCAGAUUCAGCGAGCAUCCGGUAGGAAGCAUGCUGACCGGCAUUCAGCUGGGGGCUCUACAGGGUCUGGAACACUGGGAGCAGUGUCCGGCGCUGCCACAAGUGUCACGUGUGCUGGAGGUGGAGGUUCCACUGUCCACAUCCACCCACAAGCUGCUCCAGUAGUCUGUCGACACGUGUUGGACACACUCAUCCAGCUAGCCAAGGUGUUCCCCAGCCACUUCACCCAGCAGCGCUGUAAGGAUCUGUCAACAUCUUCUUCUGAUCUAGACUCUCGUCUUUGCUCAAUCACCUCAGUGGUUGCAGGUGGGGGCUCCAGGUCAGGGUCUCUAGGUAACCCGAGCUCCAAUGCCUCAAACACCCAGAACUCAUUUGGCACCAAUGCCGCUACUCUCCAGUCUCUGGGAAUCUCUACUGAUUUCUGGGACCUGCUGGUCAAGCUGGACAACAUGAAUGUCAGCCGAAAGGGCAAAGCCUCUAUGAAGACAGUGCCUCUGGGGGGCAGUGCAGAGGCUGAGGGGGCUCAGUUAAGCCUGGAGACCUCCCCACUAGGCCAGCUGAUGAACAUGCUGUCCCACCCCGUCAUCAGACGGAGCUCCUUGCUCACUGAAAAGCUGCUACGUCUGCUCUCCCUCAUAUCCAUUGCCCUGCCUGACAACAAGGCCACAGAGGUGCCUGCUGGACACCCCACCCCACAGGCUGCCAUUCCCACGGCAACCAGCUCAGGAGUCACAGCCCCGGUCACAACACAGGGCGCUGUGUCCACCCUGCCCACUGUGGCAAGCUCAGGGGCCUCUGCGGGGGCGGGAGCCCAGGGUACAUCCUCAGGGACAAGUCUGGCAGCCUCCCAGACAUCCUUAACAUCUAUCUCUAUCCCCACGUCCACUGGAAUCACUUCUACAGGGAAACUGAGGAUGCCUAGCUGUAUUGUAGAGAUUGACAACAAGCUGGCCUCCAGUGGACUGACAGAGAAACAGCUUCAGCUCUCUGUGGAGGUGUUGACAUCCCACUCGUGUUCAGAGGAGGGUCUGGAGGAUGCUGCUAACAUCCUGCUGCAGUUAUCUAGAGGAGACGGUUCCACUAGAGACACGGUGCUCCGACUGCUGCUCAGUGGUGCAAGACACCUCGGAUACACUCUUUGCAAACAGAUCGGCACAUUGCUGGCUGAACUUCGAGAAUACAACUUGGAGCAGCAGAGACGGGCACAAGCUGAUUCCCAUUCCCCGGACGCCCCCCCUGAGGAUACCUCUCUCACGGGCAGACUGAAGAACAAGAUGACUAGCAGGUUGGGGCACAGGUUUGACGGAUCCGAGAGUGUGGUCAUUGUGGCUGCACAAAAACGUACACUCGGGGGCCGUGAGCUACAGCUCCCCUGUAUGAGCUCACUCACCUCCAAGACGUCCACACAGAAGUUCUUCUUGCGAGUGCUGCAGGUCAUCAUCCAGCUCCGCGAGGACACACGGCGCGCCAACAAGAAAGCCAAGCAAACCGGGCGACUAGGUUCCACCAGUCUAGGCUCAGCCAGCAGCAUCCAGGCGGCGGUGCGUCAGCUGGAGGCCGAGGCUGACGCCAUCAUCCAGAUGGUGAGGGAGGGUCAGCGGGCCCGCCGGCUUCAACAGGCGCCCCCACCCACUGCAUCUGUCGCCGCCGCUGCCGGAUCCUCAGUGGUGGUCCCCCAUGCCCCCACUGGUGCUGCCCCCCCUGCUGGCACGGCUGCUGCCACGUCUGAAGUGCAGUCAAUGUCAGAAGCCCAGGCGGCCCAGAGAGAUGAAUCUCCCAUGGAUGUGGACCAGCCAUCUCCUCUGGAUCAGGACCCUGCACCUCUGGAUGAGGAUGGAAACAGCCAGUCAGAGGGUGAGGAGAGACUCCCAGACCUCCCGCUGCUCAGCGAGCAGCUGUUGUUGGAUGAACUAUGGGACAUGCUCGGGGAGUGCCUGAAAGAGCUGGAGGAGUCCCAUGACCAGCAUGCCGUACUGGUCCUUCAGCCCGCUGUAGAGGCCUUCUUCCUCGUCCAUGCAACGGAGCGAGAGAGCAAACCUCCAGUGAGGGACACCCGGGAGAGCCAGCUUUCUCACAUCAAAGAUGAGCCCCCACCACUGUCCCCAGCCCCCCUGACCCCUGCCACACCUUCAUCCCUAGACCCAUUCUUCUCCAGGGAACCAUCCUCCAUGCACAUCUCUUCCAACCUGCCACCGGACACCCAGAAGUUCCUCCGCUUUGCUGAAACUCACCGCACAGUGCUUAACCAGAUCCUGCGCCAGUCGACAACUCACUUGGCUGAUGGGCCUUUUGCAGUUCUGGUUGACUACAUUCGCAUCCUGGACUUUGACGUUAAGAGAAAGUACUUCCGGCAGGAGUUGGAGCGACUGGAUGAAGGGCUGAGGAAGGAGGACAUGGCUGUGCACGUGAGGAGAGAUCACGUGUUUGAGGACUCCUACAGGGAGCUGCAUCGCAAGAGCCCAGAGGACAUGAAGAAUAGGCUGUACAUUGUGUUUGAAGGGGAGGAGGGCCAGGAUGCCGGCGGCCUGCUGAGAGAGUGGUACAUGAUCAUCUCCCGGGAGAUGUUCAACCCCAUGUACGCUCUGUUCCGCACAUCGCCAGGCGACCGUGUCACCUACACCAUCAACCCCUCAUCCCACUGCAAUCCCAACCACCUCAGCUACUUCAAGUUUGUGGGUCGUGUGGUGGCCAAGGCAGUCUAUGAUAACCGGUUAUUGGAGUGCUACUUCACCCGCAGCUUCUACAAACACAUCCUGGGCAAGAGUGUCAGGUACACGGACAUGGAGAGCGAGGACUACCCAUUCUUCCAGGGCUUGGUGUACUUGUUGGAGAAUAAUGUGUCAACGCUGGGCUACGAGCUGACAUUCAGCACAGAGGUCCAGGAGUUUGGAGUGUGUGAAGUGAGAGACCUCAAGCCAAAUGGAGCCAAUAUCCUGGUCACAGAGGAAAACAAAAAGGAGUAUGUGCACCUGGUCUGCCAGAUGAAGAUGACAGGUGCGAUCCGCAAGCAGCUGGCAGCGUUCCUCGAGGGAUUCUACGAGAUCAUCCCCAAGAGGCUGAUCUCCAUCUUCACCGAGCAGGAGCUGGAGCUGCUCAUCUCCGGCCUGCCCACUAUUGACAUCGACGACCUGAAGGCCAACACUGAAUAUCACAAAUACCAGGCCAGCUCCAUCCAGAUCCAGUGGUUCUGGAGGGCCUUGCGCUCCUUUGACCAGGCAGACCGGGCUAAGUUCCUACAGUUUGUCACCGGCACGUCCAAGGUUCCCCUUCAGGGCUUCACUGCUCUGGAGGGCAUGAACGGCAUCCAGAAGUUCCAGAUCCACCGCGACGACCGCUCCACCGACCGCCUGCCAUCCGCUCACACCUGCUUCAACCAGCUGGACCUCCCAGCCUAUGAGAGCUACGAGAAGCUGAGGCACAUGCUGCUGUUGGCCAUUCAGGAAUGCUCAGAGGGAUUCGGACUGGCUUAAAUAUGAGACUCUUAAUACACACAGACAUGCAUACAAACACUUGAUUUAGAUUUGCCUACUCCUGACACAUUCACACUGAUAACCUUUGAAUGCACACACACAUACACACACCACACCUCAUACACACACUAUCAUAGAGCUUACUGGAUUUCUUGUUGACCGGCCUAAACUUACUGGUUUCUAUUCCAUAUUAAACAGAUAAAACCAGCAAGUGAAAUGGACUGAUUGACAUUGCGUACAACACAGAGAGCCUCAUGUUGACACAGUUGUGUCUCCCUUCCCAAUUAAAUGGUGAAUGCAAGAGCGGAUUCAGAGGAUAAAACAUGGACUAAUAUAAGAGACGUUUUCUUCAUAUAGUUUGAGUUCUCUGUACAAAAGGUUUGGGAGUUUAUUAUGUUUAAUCUUUUUUGUUCUCUGGUUGUGUAAAAAGAAAAAAAGAGAAUGUUGUUUGAACAGGAUGGUUAUAAAACCUUUGGGGAAAAAAUGUUGGUGGUUUCUUGUUGCAAAUUUGUGCCCUCACAAGCCUUGGCGCUGGGGAACAUUUGUAUCUGGGGUAUAUGAACAACUUCAGAAGUUUGAGAUAUUCACAAAAAUGCACUUUUCAAAAGUUUUGUGGCAUUUUUAUGGAAGGAUGGUACAAAAAUGAAGAGAAGACCUGAAGAAGAUAUAAAAAAAAAAAAAAAAAAUAAAAAAAAAACAUUAACCAGAAAUCUAGAGUAUUUUUGGCUAUUAAAUCGCUGACCCAGCCUUGAGCCUUUGAAUCAGAGUGGAAUAACUACAUGAAUAAAUGCAUAAAAUUG